CACACACACACACACACACACACACAUAUAACUGCAAAGAAAAUUAAUGCAUUUUGAUUUUCAUCGAUUUCUUAUAUGGAAAGCUUUUGUUUUUAUAUAAGAAUCGUGAUGUGAUGAUCGUGCAAAUAUAAGAGAAAAAUGACAAGCGGCAAAAUGCAAAUAUGAACGCCUGCCAAGAAAUCAUAUCAUCAACUUCUAAGUUGGUGGAUACUUCCAAAUACAAUUUGCGAUGCAACCGCAAUCUCAGUGAGAAAAUGACAAAGAAGGAUUUCAUUUAUGACAUCCGUACGCCUGCACAGAUCAUGAAAAAGUUCGAGAUGCAUAAACAACCUAUCAUACUACCGAUACAACUACGGCGAAAGCAGACUACUACUUCAAAAAUGCCACAUUACACAGUAAUUUCCGAAAAACUGGACCGUGGAGGUAGUGGCGAUGCGACUUGUGCUGUUACUGAUCGACGUACUUUAGAAUAUAAAUGUAACUUUUGUCAGGAACCAAUCGCCACUUUACUUUCUCUAUCUACUCACGUCAAAUUUCAUUGUCAAAGAUACUGCAAGAUAUGUUACUGGAUUCUGCGUGAAAACGAAACGAUGGAACAGCACAUCGAUAAUUAUCAUCGAAUUAGGCCGGAAAUUAUAACAAACUUCUAGUACUUAUAAAUCUCAUUUAAGAAAACAUAUUUAUAUUCCACAAGUGCAUAUUUAUGUACCAAAUUACAUUAUAAUCUA